AACACGCAAAAAGAGUUUCGAAAUAGAUCGAUAUAUUAUUUUUCUAUUUUAGCAAAAAAUCAUCGGCAGAUAAUAAUCUAUAUGGAGAGUAUAAAAGCCUACUUUCACGUAAGAGAAUAAGAAACAUAUUUACAAUAUAAUUCAAAAAUACAUUUUUGUCUCUCGUAAUCAAGAUUUUCAAUAUUUUAGAUAUGAUCGUUGAAAUGAUACUCCUGGAAGAUGCGGAUUUAUACGCAGUUAUUUGCUAUUUAAAGAUAUCUGAAAACUGUCGAUAUUUAAGUAAAAUAUGGGUACCGCAAUCGAUAAGAAGCAAUUUUUUAUUCCUUAGAAAUAAAUAUUUCACGAGUCUCAGUAGUGCCAUUCGCAUAUUUAAAUCUAAGCAAGAGUUACUUACACCUCCUACAUUUUAUAAAGUAAACGUAACGUCCGUUUGGUCCGAAGAUAUGACGGCUGCGAGAAAUUUAGCGACAUCCUUAGAUAGAAAUAUUAUACUCAUCAAUACAUUGGAUUUCUACGAAAGCAUGACGACGAUGCCUCACGUAGAAAUAUUCAAAAUUUCGCUGCACAGACAUCUCGAGUUAGAUGAAAAUCAACAUAUAAUAAACACGAUAAAGCCUGUAUAUAAACCGGGCAAGGAAUACCCUGAUGCACCUAAAAACCGUCACAGUCUUCUGUUUUACGACGGUACAUGGCAAACGCCUGUGGAAGGCAUGUAUUGGCCAAAUAAGGACGUACUCACGGCGAAAGCAUCAAGGUACAAAUUCACAUAACUCGUCUAACUUUAACCGUCGAUAAAUCUUGAACUUCCGAACACGUUAACAACGAAUUUCAAUAACAAUUAUAUAUAUCCGUAAUAGAUUUCUUAUUUAUAAUAUUAUUCUAGCGACGACAUUGGCAGAUGCGUUGUAUCAGCUAGGAAAGGGUUCGAAACCUGGAGUAAGUGGUCCACUGAAUCCAGAACGAAAGUGUUAUCCAAGUUCUCGUCCGCAUUGAAAUACAAUGGGUAUGUCCGGCUAUCCAGUGAGCAAAAACUGUCGCGGUAGGACAACGGAUUGGCAGCAGAUUUACUCAGAUACUGCAACACAGAUCCGGUGUCACCUGUGCGUCAAACUUGUGUUUUGCCAGCACAGCCUGCCGAUAUAAUCUGAUGAUAGAGCAUUGAC